UCCCAAGCAGACUGCAGACCGAAGUGAAGCCAAAGAGAGUGGAGCCCCUCUCUAAGAUGUGUCCCUACCGGGAUCUUUCCGUCUCCACUUUUUUUCAGUGAUUCUUCUUCUUCUUCUCACCUACUUCCUCUCCCCGGUGGAUUACCUGCAGCCCCACUAAGGAUUGGCAAAAGGUGUGUUUGUACUGAGAGCUAUGGUGGCCUACGAAGACCUGGGCAGCCUGGUGCCUAUCAAGCGGACUCUGCAAGUCCUGGACUACCAGAACCAGCUACACAAAGAGUCGGAGGAACCCAGGAACAAGCGUGUCCGUCCUCUCGGCAGGGUGUCGUCGUUAGCCAACCUCAUCUCUCCGGCAAAAAAUGGGGCCGUCCGGCGCUUCGGCCAAACAAUCCAGGCCUCCUUCCGGAGCGACGGCAAGUCGCCGGGCGUUCCCCGGAAGCCUUGCAGCAAGGCGACGGCCCCCACGCCGCCUAAGAGAAGAAACAGUACGCUGUGGUCGGAGACGCUAGACGUGCACCAGAAGGAGACCUUAACCACCAAGGAGAUCAAGCGACAGGAGGCCAUAUUUGAGUUGUCUCGCGGAGAACAGGACCUUAUUGAGGACCUCCAACUUGCACGCAAGGCGUACCACGACCCCAUGCUGAAGCUGUCCAUCAUGUCCGAAGAGGAGCUCUCUCACAUUUUUGGCGAGCUGGACGCCUACAUCCCCCUGCAUGAGGACUUGCUGGCGCAGCUCUCCAAAGCCACGGGCUCAAACGGAACCGUGGGACGGAUCGGUCAGAUCGUGGUGGACUGGCUACCGAGGCUGGAUGCGUACAAGGAGUACUGCAGCAAGCAGCUGGCAGCUAAGGCCCUUUUGGACCAGAAGAAACAGGACCGGCGCGUGCAGGACUUCCUGCAGCGCUGUUUGGAGUCGCCCUUCAGCAGGAAGUUGGAUCUGUGGAGCUUCCUGGACAUCCCGCGCUCCCGCCUGGUCAAGUACCCGCUGCUGCUCAAAGAGAUCCUCCGACACACUCCGCCAGAGCAUCCGGACACCGCCAGCUUAGAACGAGCGGUCUCCAUCAUCCAAAGUGUGCUGUCGGACAUCAACAUGAAGCAGGGCGAGUCGGAGUGCUUGUACUACAUGGACAAGCUGGAGUACCUGGACGAGCGGCAGAAAGACCCUCGCCUCCAGCGGUGCAGAAGCCUGCUGUGUCACGGGGAGCUUCGCAACAAGAGUGGGACGAAGCUGCACGUGUUCCUGUUCACGGAAAUGCUGGUGCUGACCCGCUCGGUGAUGCGGAGCGAGCGCGGCCAGUGUUUCCAGGUGUACCGUCAGCCCAUCCCCGUGCAGGACCUGCUGGUGGACGACCUGCAGGACGGCGAAGUCAGGAUGGGCGGCUCCUUCAGAGGCGCCUUCAGCCAAGCCGACAAAGCCAAAAACCUUUUCCGGGUGCGGUCCCAAGACCCGAGCCAGGUCCAGGCCCAGGCGCACACGCUGCAGGUCAACGACGUCUUCCACAAGCAGCGCUGGCUCAACUGUCUCCGCGACGCCAUCUCCGUCUACCGGCCACACGACCGCCCCACACCCCGCCCCUCCUCCGCCUCGGCCGGGGAGCUCAUGGAGGAGACGGACGAGAACCGUCCUCAGAGGUUGACUCGGUCGGCGCCCGGCUCGCCUUGCAGCCCCUCGUCCCCGACUCCUGCGCCUUCCUCCUUGUACCCGACUCCUGAGCCAUUCUCCUCGUCCCCGACUCCUGAGCCUUUCUCCUCGUCCCCGACUCCUGCGCCUUCCUCCUCGUCCCCGACUCCUGCGCCUUCCUCCUCGUCCCCGACUCCUGCGCCUUCCUCCUCGUCUUCCCCGAGUCCUGCGCCCUCCGCCUCCUCGUCCUCGACUCCUGAGCCUUCCUCCUCGUCCCCGACUCCUGCGCCUUCCUCCUCGUCUUCCCCGAGUCCUGCGCCCUCCGCCUCCUCGUCCCCGACUCCUGCGCCUUCCUCCUCGUCCCCGACUCCUGCACCUUCCUCCUCCACGUCCCCGACUUCUACGCCUUCCUCCUCGUCCCCGACUCCUGCGCCUUCCUCUUUGCCAUCGCCAACGUCUCACGGCAAAAAGAAGAAGAAGUCUCUUUAUUCUUUAGGGAAGAGGAAAGAGACGAUGGUGUGACGCCAACACAAACUCUGACACUCCUAUUUAUUCUUUAUUGUUACGCUUCUCUCUGACACCCGACAUCACACACUGGAACACCUGUACGCCCAAAAAACCUGUCCACAACACCUGUAUGCCGACGACACAUUUAUGACGACAACACCUGUACGCCCACAAUAACUUCAUGUCCACAACACAUUUAUGACGACAACACCUGUACGCCCACAACAACUUUACGUCCACAACACCUGUACGCCCACAAUACAUUAAUGUCCACAGCACCUUUAUGUCCACAACAACUGUACGCCGACAACACAUUUAUGACGACAACACCUGUACGCCGACAACAACUUUACGGCCACAACACAUUUAUGUCCACAACACCUGUACGCCGACAACACAUUUAUGACGACAACACCUGUACGCCCACAACAACUUUAUGUCCACAACACAUUUAUGUCCACAACACCUGUACGCUGACCACACAUUUACAACGACAACACAUUACGCCCACAACAACUUUGUCUACAACACAUUUAUGUCCACAAAACCUGUACGCCGACAACACAUUUGUGACAACAACACCUGUACGGCCACAACAACUUUACGCCCACAACACAUUUAUGUCCACAACACCUGUACGCCGACAACACAUUUAUGACAACAACACCUGUACGCCGACAACAACUUUAUGCCCACAACACAUUUAUGUCCACAACACCUGUAUGCUGACCACACAUUUACGACGACAACACAUUACGCCCACAACAACUUUGUCUACAACACAUUUAUGUCCACAACACCUGUACGCCGACAACACAUUUAUGACAACAACACCUGUACGGCCACAACAACUUUACGCCCACAACACAUUUAUGUCCACAACACCUGUACGCCGACAACACAUUUAUGACAACAACACCUGUACGCCGACAACACAUUUAUGACAACAACACCUGUACGCCGACAACACAUUUAUGUCCACAACACCUUUAUGCUGACAACACACUUAUGACGACAACACAUUACGCCCACAACAACUUUGUCUACAACACAUUCAUGUCCACGACACCUGUACGCCGACAACACAUUUAUGACAACAACACCUCUACGCCGACAACAACUUUACGCCCACAACACAUUUAUAUCCACAACACAUUUAUGUCCACAACACCUGUACGCCGACAACACAUUUAUGACGACAACACCUGUACGCCGACAACAACUUUACGCCCACAACACAUUUAUGUCCACAACACAUUCAUGUCCACAACACCUGUACGCCGACAACACAUUUAUGACGACAACACCUGUAGGCCCACAACACAUUUAUGUCCACAACACCUGUACGCCGACAACACAUUUAUGACGACAACACUUGUACGGCCACAACAACUUUACACCCACAACACAUUUAUGUCCACAACACCUGUAUGCCGACAACACAUUUAUGACGACAACACCUGUACGCCGACGACACAUUUAUGUCGACAACACCUUUAUGUUGACAACUUGUACAUGUCCACAGCCCGUUUAUGUCGACUACACAUUUAUGUUGACAACUUGUACAUGUCCACAGCCCGUUUAUGUCGACUACACAUUUAUGUUGACAACUUGUACAUGUCCACAGCCCGUCUAUGUCGACUACACGUUGAUGUCGACAACACAAAAAUGCCAAUAACACGUUUUUUUUGGCGACAACGUACAGUAUUUAUUCCGAUAACCCAUUUAUGUUGACAACCCGUGAAUGUCGACAGCAUGUAUAUGGCGACAAUCCGUUUAUGGUGACAACUUGUUUCUGUUGACGACCUGAAUAUGCUGACAACCCGUUUAGGUCGACAACGCGCAUAUAUACCAAUCUGUUCAUUAUCCUCAAAACUUCCCGCUUCCGUCGACAUCACCACACGUGGUCAACCGCUUCUGUUGACAUGAAAGUGAGAGGUUGUGUCCCUCUGAAAUGGUUCCGUUUAUGUUGACAGCCCGUGUCUAUUGUACUCUUCCAGUACCUUGUCAACACAAACGGCCAAACAUUUUUUCAGACCUAAAAGUGACACGUCUGUGAAGUGAAAACCCUGCCCGCUUAAGUUGAGGUGGACAUACAGUCGGUCCGUUUAUGUUUACAUGUGUGACCGGUGUCAUUCCAGAGCUCCAAAAUGGGAUUUCCUGUUCAGCUUCAAAAUAAAAGCACGGCAGUUUAAGGUAGAUGUUAUGUCGACAACAGCUUGUGUUGACGUGAGUUCGCCGGGCCCAUGUGUCGACCUAAACGGGUUCCACUGUAACACACAUCCUGCAUCAUUGACUUAUAAGUACAGUAUACUGUACAGUGUGUGUACAGUAUUCAAAGAGUACUGUAUAUAGCGGAGAAGUUGCCCUAGAAAAAGGGAUGCAUAACACUUGAAAGAACAAUCUGCUGUUGGUUGUUCCAAGUCUUUUAAACUUUGUUUACUGUUAAUAUUGAAGUUGUUUUUCUGCAGAAGACGUAGUUUGACAUUUUUAUACUCCCAACAUGUGUGCUUGUUUAGUUUUAGCACAAGGAGCAAUCUUUUUAUCUUUUAACGUAAGACACAUUUUCCUUCUUUGAGAAGGUGCUAUCCAAGAGCGCUCUUAUUUUGGUACAUUGUCUUAGAAGGUGCCAUAAAAGAGUGCUCUUAUUUUGAAACAUUCCUCCAACAACCACACGUUUCCUUCUUGGUUUGGUUUGUUUGAAAAAACCCUGUUUCCAUAUGAGUUGGGAGAUUGUUUUAGACGUAAAUAUAAACGGAAUACAAUGAUUUGCAAAUCAUUUUCAACCCAUGUUCAGUUGAAUAUGCUACAAAGACAACAUAUUUGAUGUUCAAACUCAAACUUCAUUUUUUUUUGCAAAUAAUAAUUAUCUUAGAAUUUCAUGGCUGCAACACAUGCCAAAGGAGUUGGGAAAGGUCAUGUUCACCACUGUGUUACAUCACCUUUUCUUUUAACAACACUCACUAAACCUUUGGGAACUGAGGAGACACAUUUUUGAAGCUUUUCAGGUGGAAUUCUUUCCCAUUCUUCUUUUAUGUAGAGCUUCAGUCGUUCAACAGUCCGGGGUCCCUGUUGUCGUAUUUUAGGCAUCAAAAUUUGGACUACACCCAAACUCUUUUACUAUGACGCCACGCUGUUGUAACACGUGGUGUGGCAUUGUCUUGCUGAAAUAAGCAGGGGCGUCCAUGAUAACGUUGCUUGAAUGACAACAUGUGUUGCUCCAAAACUUGUAUUUACCUUUCAGCAUUAAUGGUGCCUUCACAGAUGUGUAAGUUACCCAGGCUUUGGGCAGUAAUUCUCCCCCAUACCAUCACAGAUGCUGGCUUUUAAACUUUGCGCCUAUGACAAUCCGGAUGGUUCUUUUAAUUUUUGUUCCCGAGGACACAAAUGUCCAUAGUUUCCAAAAACAUGUUGAAAUGUGGACUCGUCAGAGCACAGAACACUUUUCCACUUUGCAUCAGUCUAUCUUAGAUGAUCUCGGGCCCGUUUCUGGAUGUUGUUGAUAAAUGGCUUUUGCUUUGCAUAGUAGAGCUUUAACUUGCACUUACAGAUGUAGCGACAAACUUUAUUUAGUGACAGCGGUUUUCUGAAGUCUUCCUGAGUCCAUGUGGUGAUAUCCUUUAGAGAUUGAUGUCGGUUUUUGAUACAGGGAUCGAAGGUCACGGUCAUUCAAUGUUGGUUUCCGGCCAUGCCGCUUACGUGGAGUGAUUUCUCCAGAUUCUCUGAACCUUUUGAUGAUAUUAUGGACCGUAGAUGUUAAAAUCCCUAAAUUUCUUCACUUUGAGAAACGUUGUUCUUAAACUGUUUGACUAUUUGCUCACGCAGUUGUGGACAAAGGGGUGUACCUCGCCCCAUCCUUUCUUGUGAAAGACUGAGCAUUUUUUGGGAAGCUGUUUUUAUACCCAAUCAUGGCACCCACCUGUUCCCAAUAUGGGAUGUUCCAAAUAAGCGUUUGAUGAGCAUUCCUGAACUUUAUCAGUAUUUAUUGCCACCUUUCCCAACUUCUUUGUCAUGUGUUGCCGGCAUCAUAUUCUAAAGUUAAUGAUUAUUUACAAAAUAAGAAAUGUUUAUCAGUUUGAACAUCAAAUAUGUUGUCUUUGUAGCAUAUUCAACUGAAUAUGGGUUGAAAAGGAUUUGCAAAUCAUUGUAUUCCGUUUAUAUUUACAUCUAACACAAUUUCCCAACUCAUAUGGAAACGGGGUUUGUAGGAACAUAGUCUUUGCUUGGGAAUCCCAAAGACUUUUUAUUACUGAGCCACCGUUUCUAAGGGGACCAUGAACUUCCAGUUGUAGCAUAUCUAGCAUAGGGUUGAAGUUGCAGACACUUUCGUGCUUGAUGAAGGAUGAAAAGACGAUGGAGAAGAGAAAGUUGGGUGAAGGGUUUUAGAAAAGUCCUAGAAAAAGGAUUGUUGGAAGAGAAAGAAGGUAUGAGGAAAGAAGAAAGUGACCGUACGUUUACAUGAAGAGUGGAAAGAAGAAUGUACAUUAUUAUUAUUGUUUGACCCAAGUACUGCGAACAAUAAAGAUCUGCAGAAGGUUUGCAUCUGAAA